AUGACACGCGAAUAUACCACUGUGCCCCCGCCAAAGGGACUCCCUGCGGACUUUGAAUGGGGGUUUGCCACCGCUUCCUAUCAGAUUGAGGGUGGCGUAAAAGAUGGCGGGCGGGGCCCUUCCAUCUGGGACACAUUUACUCACCUCGAACCAUCACGUACCAACGGUGACAACGGCGAUAUCGCUUGUGAUCACUAUCAUCGAUAUGAGGAGGACCUUGACCUCCUUACUAGAUACGGUGCCAAGGCCUAUCGAUUCUCCCUGUCAUGGUCACGAAUUAUCCCACUAGGCGGACGAAACGAUCCUGUGAAUGAAGAGGGCAUCGCCUUUUAUAACAAAAUCAUCGAUGGACUCAUCAGCCGAGGCAUCACACCUUGGAUAACUCUCUAUCACUGGGAUCUCCCUUUAGCAUUGCAGGACCGAUAUGGAGGUUGGCUCGACGAGGAGUCACAACUCGACUUUGAGCACUAUGCCAGGCUUUGUUAUACACGCUUUGGUGAUAGAGUUAAAAAUUGGAUCACGUUCAAUGAGCCGUGGGUCGUGUCUAUCAAAGGCUACUCUUUGGGCUGCUUUGCCCCCGGACGAAGCAGUACGAACCCAGACUGCGAUUCUGGUGACUCUGCGACGGAACCUUGGAUCGUCGCCCAUAACCUGAUCCUAGCCCAUGCGAGAGCAGCGAAGCUAUACAACAAGGAGUUCAAAUCGAAAGAGGCUGGCCGCAUCGGUAUUUCUCUCAGCGGCGAUUAUUUCGAGCCGUGGGAUGCUACUGACCCUAGGGACCAGGAAGCUGCCGAGAGGAGAAUGUUGUUCUGGUACGGUUGGUUCGCCAACCCUACUAUGCUUGCUCAGGACUACCCUCCCGUCAUGCGCGAACAGCUUGGAUCCCGUCUCCCCGCAUUUACAGAAGAUGAUUUCGCUCUGCUACGCGAGGCCGAUAUUGACUUUUGCGGAAUGAACUACUAUACUGCCCAGUUCGCCCGCCACCGUACUACGCCGCCGCCAGACACGGACUUUGAAGGCAAUGUAGAUGAGUUGCCAGUGAAUAAGGAAGGUAUCCCCAUUGGCGAACUGAGUGGCUGUGACUGGCUCCGCUCCUCACCCAAGAGCUUCCGGAAGCACCUUGUGAGGCUGUAUAGGAUGUAUGGAAAGCCCAUAUGUAUCACUGAGAACGGGUGUCCAUGCCCUGGUGAGGAUAAAAUGAGUAAGGAAGAGUCUGUCGAAGAUGAAUUUCGUCAGCGAUACUUCAGAGAUCAUUUGGACGCCUUGGUCGGCGCCAUACGUGAUGGUGCAAAAGUCUCGGGAUACUUUGGAUGGUCUUUGAUGGAUAACUUAGGCAAGUUCAUUCCACUCACAAUUCAGAAGAGCGGUAAAUGGUCUGAUGGAUAUGGUAUCAGGUUCGGCGUGACUUUUACAGACUACGAUACACUUGAAAGGACGCCUAAGAAGUCGGCAUUGAUGAUCAAGGAAAUGAUUAAGGAAAGAACAAUUUGA